UAUCUUGCAAAUAGUUGUUUGCUAGCCUGUGUGAUAAAAAUCAAGAUAUGGCUCUAUCAGGAAAGUUAAUCGGUUACGUUGAGAUCAGUAAAAACGGUGAUUUCUUCCACGAUCUCUUUAGGCACAACCCGCACAAGAUGUUUGCAAUAGCUCCAGACAGGGCUCAUGACUGUGAGUUGCAUGAGGGUGAUAGAGGGGCUGUUGGAUCAGUCAUCACUUGGCACUACACUGAAGGGGGAAAGAGGAAAAUAUCGAAGCAGAUAAUUGAGUACGCCAACGAGGAAAACCACAUGAUUGUGUUCAAUGUAAUCGGAGGGGAGCUUGCGGAGAUAUACAAGAGCUUUAAAAUCACUUUGCAUGUUGAACCAAAGGGUGAUGGGAAGGUUGGUUUGAUGCUUAGAGGAAUGGGAUUUGGUAAACAUACAUCUAUAUUCCUAGCUUCCGGAAAAAUAUACGAUUCCGAGAGAUACAUGGCUCCACUUCUUGAAAUGUUUCCUCUUUUACAAACAAAAGAGAUGCUUGCAUCUGCUGAGGAACUUGCUCCGUUUAAGAACUAUUCUUCUAGGAUGGCAGCUAUCGAUUAUACCGUCUGUCUCCAUAGUGAAGUAUUUGUUACAACUCAAGGUGGAAACUUUCCUCAUCUUUUGUUGGGUCAUAGAAGAUAUCUGUUUAAUGGGCAUUCAAAGACAAUCAAGCCUGACAAACGCAAGUUGGCAGUCUAUUUCGAUAACCCAAAAAUCGGGUGGAAAACAUUCAAAAGGCACAUGUUAAGCAUGCGGGCCCAUAGCGACGCGAAAGGAAUUGAACUGAAAAGGCCAAACGACUCGAUAUAUUCAUUCCCAUGUCCAAAUUGCAUGUGCCGUACAAAUAAAACCGAUGAUUCAAGAAAGACACCCAAACCAUGAUUCUGCGAGUCAACCCAAGUCAAACGGGUUUCCCUUGACCCGGGCUGCAAUUCUCGAUGCACAUUCUGUGAGCUAACUUUGAAAAUUCUUUAUUUUUUUCCUCCACUAAGCUUGAAUAAUCAGCAUCUGGAGCUCAACAAUGAUGAAGAAAGACGAAAGUUGAAUGAUUACAUUGGCUAUAAAGAAAAAAGAAAAAAAAAAGUCGAGAUAUUUUUGGAGUUUUAUAUUCUUCAUGCAGAUGCUGUAUUGAACAAGCUGGAUUGCAAAUAUGAUGUUAGUUUGUGUA